GGCCCAUUUCAACAACUCCAAAUGCCCACCUCUGGCAGCAACUGCACAAGUGAAUUCACCCCAAGGGCAACCAUUUCCGUGGGCCCAUUUCAAGACUUCCAGAUGCCCAUUUUCAGCAGCACGAGCACAUGUCCAAAAAUCCCAUGGAAAGCCUUUGCCAUGGGCCCAUUUGAGAACAGCAACAUUUCCAAGCUUGGCUAUGGCUUGGCACACCUGAAAAUGAGUAGGCAUCUUGUUGGUGGAAUCAUCACUGACCCAUAAUUCUGCUGUGGCCUCAUUUUGGAACGCAGCUCUGUAGGUUGUGACUGUGCUAGUUGCUUUGAAUUUUUUACCUUUCCAAUAAUUCCAAACCAUUGGUGGAUCCUCCACAGAAUCACAGUAUGCUUUGUAGAGGUUUUUCAUCUUCUUGUUGACAGCCCCAACAAAGGCAUACUGGCCCACGCCAACAAAAGGAAGGAUACCAUCGAUCCAAACAUCCUUUUGAUUCAAAAGCACUGCACCAGCACUUUCCUGCUUCUUUUUUUUGGUUUUCGGCUCAGAGGACAUGAUGAUGGUGGUGGUGAUGUAGCAACUAGUUGGCUAGCUAGGUAGCUACAGCAAGCGUAGAUGGAAGGCAAGCGAAACAAAGGAUCAAUUCUUUUUGUUGGUUGUGGGGUGUCGGUGUCGGUCAGUAGUGGUUGUCGGUUGACGCAGCAGUUCCACGGUGGCUUGUUGUUUGUCGUCCGGGUUGCAGUGGCUGAUACAGUGGCUGUUACAGUACCACCAGCUAGUACGAGUAUCGGUUGACGUCAAUGUGAGAGUUGUUUUGGGUUGUGCAGCAGUUCCACGGUGGCGUGUUGUUUGUCGACGGGGUUACCAGUUCCGACGUGGGCCGAAGACUUUUUCUUUCACGAUCGGGAGUCACACAAAAGAUCGUAUCUUUUGCCCCCUGUCACCAUGCCUUCUCAUUCCUCUCACACAACCGUCACAUCGACAUCGAUCUUGUUCUUGUUGCUGCUGUUGUUGCUUCGAAAGACUCUCUCUCUUUUUCGUUUCGCCUUACUGAAAUCAAGAUGAACGCCGCUCGUUUUGCCGCUACCCGCAUGGUGGCUCCUGCCGGUGCCGCCACGGCCGUGUGGAUGGGUCAACAGGAACUCGCGUUUGCCAAGGAAGCGCCUGCCGUUGAUCUCAAGAAGGUUCGAGAAUCCGUCAUGGAUCUCAUUGAAAAGGAUGAAGAAGCUCGUGGAGAUGGAACCUCGCUCAAGGGAACGUUCAUUCGACUUGCCUGGCACUGCUGUGGUACCUACAAGGCUGCCGACAACUCGGGUGGUUCCAAUGGAGCCAUGAUGAGAUUCAAUCCAGAAGCCGGCUACGGCAACAAUGCCGGUUUGGAUAAGGCUCGUGCCGUUUUGGAACCCAUCAAGGCCAAAUAUCCCGACAUGUCUUACGCCGAUCUCUACACGUACGCUGGUGUCAUUGCCGUGGAAGAAUCGGGAGGACCCACCAUUGCCUUUCGUACCGGCCGUGACGAUUACGACGAAGCAAAAGCCUCCCAAAAAGCCGAUCCCAACGAUCGUUUGCCCAAUGCAUUUAUGGGUUCCUUUGCGGCGUGUACCGGACAUGUCCGGGCCAUUUUUGGAAGAAUGGGUUUCACCGAUCGUGAAAUUGUCGCCUUGCUCGGUGCCCAUGCCAUGGGACGUUGUCAUACCGAUCGCAGUGGCUUUUGGGGACCCUGGACCAAUGCCGAAACCACAUUCUCCAAUGAGUACUACCGAUUGUUGAUUGAAGAACGAUGGUCGCCCAAGGUCACUCAUAACGGAAAGCCGUGGACUGGCCCCGACCAAUUCGAAGAUUCGACGGGCAAACUCAUGAUGUUGCAGUCCGAUAUGAUCCUCUUGUCCGAUCCUGAAUUCAAAAAGUACGUCGCAAUGUAUGCCAAGGACGAAGACCUCUUUUUCAAGGAUUUUGCCAAGGCAUUCGCCAAACUUCUAGAGUUGGGUGUCCCCUUUGCGUCCGUCGCCCAGCCCUGGUACAAGUUCUGGUAAACAUUGGCAAUGACAAUACAGGAUCGAUUGGAUCGGAACGACGAGAGUGACAGUGUGAACAUUAUUCAUUCAUUUCAGUGAGUGGAGACGUAGCCAUGCACUUGGCUACGUGACCUUUUAGAACAUUAGUAGCAGGAAUAGUGAAAUCAUCAAUCAAUGCGUUCUCCUAACGUGAUACAUCUUACACAAGCUAGCUAUCAUACCAGCUAGCAUGUACCCGUAGGGCAACAUCCUUUCAACCGUGCGCUGGCUCAACAGCAAGAGUCACUAUGAAUCUUCCAUCCCUUCUGCACAGGCUGCGGUUCAUCCUCCGAGCGAAGAGUCGAAAGGAAGACAGUGUCCAACCUUCCGACGUGCCAGCCAGGGCAUGUACGCUGAUGAUCUUCCAGUACAA